GUUUUAAACGUUGGCAUCUACGUUGAAACAAGUGGUGGUUUCAUAGCGCUACUUAUGUAUUGAGUACUUUUCCGAUCUAAAACAAAUUAAUUUGACCAUGAAGAAGUUGUUGCGACUUCUUCCCAUUCGACGAUGUCCAACUUGGUACAAGUUCGCUAGGUACUCAACACAUCCACAAGACUCAAAUUUCAUACGACUUCAUGGCAUAGAUGUACUACGAGAUCCAAGGACUAAUCGAGGGACAGCAUUCACCCUCAACGAGCGACAACUACUCGGUAUACAUGGCCUACUUCCACCAUCCGUACUGACUUUGGAUCAACAAGUAUCAAAAAUGUUGGCGAACCUAAAAAACAUCAACGACAAUUUACAGCGCUACAUAUACCUUACUUCGUUACAAGACCGAAAUGAAGCCCUGUUUUAUAAACUGGUCAUUGAACAUGUAGAGUACUGUAUGCCGUUGAUAUACACGCCAACUGUAGGUUUGGCUUGUCAACGUUAUGGUGUGGUGUUUCGAAGACCUCGCGGUUUAUACAUCACUAUACACGAUCGACAUCAUAUACCUGAAAUUUUAAACAACUGGCCUGAACCACUUGUAAAGGCUAUUGUAUUCACUGAUGGUGAACGUAUUCUGGGUUUGGGUGAUUUGGGAGCAUACGGGAUGGGAAUACCUGUUGGGAAGUUAUCACUGUAUACAGCACUAGCUGGCGUUCAUCCAAGGCAUUGUUUACCAAUACUUUUAGAUGUUGGCACAGAUAAUCAAGAUUUACUAAAUGACCCUGUGUACACAGGCAUCAGACAUAAGCGUAUACGUGAUGAACGAUACGAUGAGCUGAUUGAGAAUUUUAUGCAAGCCGUCGCAGAACGUUAUGGUAAUCAUUGUUUGAUUCAGUUUGAAGAUUUUGGCAAUCAUAAUGCUUUUCGUCUACUUGAACGAUAUCAAGAUAACUACUGCACUUUUAAUGAUGAUAUACAAGGCACUGCAGCUGUAGCAGUAGCUGGAUUACUAGCUGCUUGUCGUAUAACGCAACGCAAAAUUACAGACGACACUUAUCUCUUCGUCGGUGCCGGUGAGGCAGCAACUGGUAUCGCUCAGUUAUUGGCUACAUCUCUGCAGUUGAAUGGGUUAGAUGAACACGAGGCCUACAAUAAAAUAUACAUGUUCGAUAAAGACGGAUUACUGACGACUUCACGAGAAGAAGGUUCGCUCACAGAUCAUAAUAAGGUAUUUGCGCGUGAUGAUGUAGAACAUAUACGUGUAUUGGAAGAUGCUGUGAAAACCUUGAAACCAACAGCGAUUAUUGGCGCAUCCGGACAAGGUGGUAUUUUCACAGACAAUAUUCUUCAUCAAAUGUGUAAAAAUUCUGAACGUCCAGUGAUAUUUUCCUUGAGUAAUCCAACCUCGAAAUCUGAAUGCACUGCUGAAAGAGCCUAUAGAGUGACAGAGGGUCGAUGUGUAUUUGCCAGUGGUUCACCUUUCAAUGAUGUAACACUUAAAGUUGCAGGUAGUGAAGUACGCUUUCAACCUGGCCAGUGUAACAACUCUUAUAUUUUUCCUGGAAUGGGAUUGGCGAUUACACUGUGCGAAAUUCGUCCAGUUCUUCAGGAGCUUUUUGUAGUUGCUGCUGAGUGUCUAGCGGAGCAGGUAGAUGAAGAAGACCUGAAAGUUGGUCGUGUAUUUCCCCCUCUGAAGAAUAUUCGCAACGUUUCGUUAGCCAUAGCGGUACGUGUAGCAGAAUAUGCCUAUUCCAAAGGUGUGUGUCACCAUGAACCACAACCAAAGGAUAUUCAGUCGUAUUUAUCCCAGAAAAUGUAUGAUCCUAACUACAUACCAGUCAUUCCUGAGGUGUAUGACUGGCCGUCUGGCACUACUGAUUUACCUUCAUAACACUGAUAUAUAUAUAUAUAUUCUUAUACAUUGUUGAUUACUAUCAUUUCGUCAUAUUACAUCCUCUCUUUUUUUUUCCUCUUGCUUAAUGCUUUUGAUGACGACGAUUUGAAAUUGUGAUAAUUUUACUCUCUUGAAAAUAUUGUUGUCAGGGCCUAGGCUCUUCAUCUCUGUGAGAAAUAUCCUUUUUCAAUUCUAAUGUAUUUUUAUUACUUUAAAAAUUCUGAUUCAUGAGGUAAUCUGUCAAUUGUAUAUUUUCUGUGGAAUUGUCAUCGAAUAUUUGACGUCGUAGAAACACAUCUAUCGUCGUCUCGUCAUGUUUUUGUGUGUAUCGAUUUGUUUGUCUAACUAGUUCCUUACUUAAUGCUCUCUCUCUCUUUCUAUCAAGCUAUAGUAAUAUACUUUCAAUUGUUGGCAUUGUAGUAGUCACUCGAUGAUGUACCAGUUGGUACUUUCAUUUGUCACACACAUACAGACAUGUAAUAAUGAUCUCUCUAUGUUGAUUAAUUCAGUAUCAGAUUAGAAAUACUGCUCAUUCAUUAUGCCAGUACUUUUCGUAUCACCUUUAAUGCACAGUUUUGUCGUCUUCACUCACGCAUCGGUUUCAUUAAGGGG